AUGGCCGACUCGAUCUAUGCGCCCCACAACCAGCACAAGCUCGACGCCGCAAGAGCCGCAAACACGACUGCCGAUUCACCCGCAUCCCCGGCCUCGCCCGCGCCUCCUGCUGCCACAAAAGCAAGCGACGCCGAUGCUGCUAAAGCCUCCUCUCCGCAGCCAGACCAGCACGACGAUGCCGAAGACCGCCCGCACCCUCACCUUACCCGGCCUCUGCUCUACAUCAGCGGCGUCGACCCUGCAAUGACGGACAAGGAACUCGCCGGCCUCGUCUUCGAAAAGGUGCUGCCCGUCCGACUCAAGAUCGACCGCAACGUCGCCCAAGGCCAGACCGCCAGCGGCACCGUCGAGUUUCAAACGCUCGACAAGGCCGAGAAGGCCUACGCCACCGUCCGUCCGCCCUUCCAGCUCUCCAUCGAUGCAGCCGGCGCCGACGCCGACCCCGUCGCUUCCGCAAAACCCAGGCUCAUCAAGCAGCUCCCCGCCAACUCCGACGAUGCGCUCGUCUACGACCUCUUCCGCCGCUUCGGUCCGCUCCGACGCGCGCACUGCCUGCUCACCAACCCCGCAGGCGUACACACCGGCUUCAAAGGCAUGGCCGUGCUCGACUUCUACUCGGAGCAAGACGCUCAGCUCGCACAGACCGAGAUGCACUGCGCCGACGUCGGCGGAAAGACCAUCUCGGUCGCCCUCGACACCUCCGUCCGCAAAGUGAGCUCCAGCCUCAGCGACUUCCGUGCCUCGGCCCAGCCCUUUGUGCCCGGCAACGGCUUGAGUGCCGCUGCGCCCUCGUUUGCGCCUACCGUUUCCGGCUCGCGCUCUGUCUCGGCUGGCUCCUCGGCCUCCAUCUACCCCAAUCCAGCCGCCGCCGCAACGCAUGACAACCACGCCGCCGCCGCUCCCAAGGGCGCGCGCUCGCUGCAGUACUCGAACCAGGCAUCCACGUACGUCGACCCGUGCAAUCUGUUCAUCAAGAACCUCGACGGCGCCAUCAGCUCCAACGACCUCUUUGACACUUUCAAGGCGUUCGGCCACAUUGUCUCGGCGCGCGUCAUGCGCGACAAUGACGGCAAGAGCCGCGAGUUUGGAUUCGUGAGCUUCACCACGCCCGACGAGGCGCACCAUGCGCUCCAGGCCAUGGACAACGCCAAGCUCGGCGCGCGCAAGAUCACCGUGCGUCUGCACGAGCCCAAGACGAUGCGCCAGGAGAAGCUCGCUGCGCGCUUCGCCGCCGCACACGGCGAGACCAACGAGGCGGCCGACGCGUCGGGCAGUGCGGCCAACGCGCGGACGGCCGAGCCGACAGCCAGGGCGGACAAGCGCCAGAGCAGGAGCUACUUCCAGGCAGGCGUACCGGCUGAUGCCAACGGGCUGGCGGACGAGGAGCAGCUGCGCUCGCUCACGGGCGUCGUGCGCGACGAGCUGCUCUCGGGCGAGUUCACGCGCCGCGUGCAGAAGCUGUCGUCGGUCGACGACGCGCAAGUGGACGGCAUCGUUUCGGAGCUGCUCAAGCUCAGGCUGGGCGAGGCGGUCGAGGCGCUCAACAACCCCAUCUCGCUCGUACAGAGGGUCAACGAGGCGCGCGAGCAUCUGCCUGCUGCUGCGGCGGCAGCGUCGCCUACCGCCCCGGCUAGGGGUGCGCUCUCGGCAGACAAGCCGGGUCAGCUGGGCGUGCAGACGCAGCGCAGCGUCUCGAGCACCUCUUCCAUCGGCGGCGACGGUACGGCGGCGGCAUCGGCCAAGGAGCGCGAGCGUCUGCUCAAGGCGGUGCAGUCGGUCACCGAAGCGGGCGCACCCGUCGAAGACAUCACCGACAUGCUCGCGAGCCUGCCCAAGAAGGACCGUGCGCUGGCGCUGUUCAACCCGGAGUACCUGCGGCAGAAGGUGGACGAGGCCAAGGACAUUAUCGACAUUACCGACGACAGCGGCGAGGACCUCACGCCCGCACGCCCCUCCGAGCCCACGCCUGCUGCUGCAACCCCCACAGCCUCUGCUUCCUCGGAGCCGGCGGCAACGACCGCAAGCAACGGCGCGUCGGAUGGCAAGGAAUACACGCUGUCGUCGCUAGCGGCUCUUCCCGCGGUGGAGAUUGUGCGCCUUGCGAGUGGCGGUGCGAUUCGCGGCGUAGACCUGCGCGCGCCCGAUGCCGCCGUGGUGGCGGCCACCGACGCGUUCAUCGACUCGCUGCAGGGCAAGGCGGCGCACGACCAGAAGCAGAAGCUGGGCGACCAGCUCUUCAAAAAAGUGCGCAGCUUCGGCGUCAAGGGCGCGCCCAAGAUCACCAUCCACCUGCUCGAUUCCGAGGACUUGCGUGCACUGGCGCAUCUGAUGAACGAGUACGACGAGGUGCUGCGCGAAAAGGUGGAGCAAAAGGUGGCGGCGGGGCUCAACAAGUAG